UAAUUGUCCCUUCCAGUACCUGAAGGGAGCCAACAGUGAAYAUAUAGAGAGCCUAUUUAUGAGGACCUGGAGUGACAGAACAAGRRGGAAUGGCUUCAAAGAGACAGGGUUCGAUGAGAUAUUGGGAAGAAACUCUCCUCUGUGAGGGUGAUGAGGUACUGGCACAGGUUGCCCAGAGAAGUUGUAGCUGCCCUAUCCCUGCCAGGCUGAACAGGGCUUGGAGCAACCUGGGAUAGUGGAAGAUGUCCCUGCCCAUGGCAGGGGGGGGGGACUGGAUGGUCUUUAAGGUUCCUCCCAAGCGAAACCACUCUGGGAUUCUGUGAUUCACUGUGUUAUAGAGGUGAAUGGGGAUCUCAGGGAGAGCUGGCAGACCCCACGUGACAGGUGCACAAUGCAGCUACAUGCCAUCAGAGGGUCCAGCUUCUGUUGGGUCCACAGACUGCUGGCCUGGGAAUGGUGUUUGAUUGGGRUGAUGAGAGAAGCUAGCUGAACAGGAGGAUAAGGAUGUUCCUUGGGGGUUCUGAAUUUCAGACCUAUUUUGUGAGACAAAAUAGCAUGACUCUGAGCAUUUACCAAUCUCUUUACAUGGGUUUUGGUCCUGCCUAAAGCUCUAAAUCACCUGCCUGUGGUCAGCCUGGUGGCUGAAUGAGCCACAUGUGGUAGGCCCAGGAAUGUGGUACCUGCCUGAGAGUCUCUUUUCUAGAAGGUGURGAGUUACAUGAUGUAAUCCAGCAGCUACAGAUAACCCUGCUCAGAUCUCAGCACAGGUUAAUGCUCCUGUGUUACUUGAGGCUGGGAUGUGUGAGUGUUGGUCCACACAGAAAGGGCUGUAUUGGCAAGUAAAAACUCUUGAGAAAGCACCUAACAUAAUUGGGGGAAAGAUAAGUUUCCAGGCAAAGAAACCAUUCUUUAGACCUAAAACAGGCAGCAGACUUCAAAGUCAAGCAUAACCUGAGAACAGUUCUGGCCUUGCCUAUGUAUUGAGCUGUCCAAGGAAACAGGAGUACGCAUGGAGCAUAAAAGCUCUUGCAGAGUGGUGGGAAGGGAUAGAAGGGUUCAUCUCCAACCUGAAAGAGGCAGUUGGGCAGUUCAUUCCUUGGGAAUUUUGUAAAGGAAAAGGGGGAGUUUGCACAUGCCGUAAACCUCAGACUUCUGGUGAGUUGAGCGGAUUCUGGCGUCCAGUGUAGCCUGGCGGUGAAGAUGUACAGCUUGUCGUUAAAUGAUGUUCUUCAGGUCUUCCUUGUACCGUGCAAGAUUGCUGACCCAGCCAAGGAUCCCUGAGUGCCUUACACAGCUCACUCGUACCACAUCCACCCACCAAGUUUUCACGGGUUUAGCUAAAUGUGUCAUUUAAUGGAUUUAACUGUGGGGGAGAAGUGCUGUCAGUGCUGUGAGCAAACAAAGUUAGUGACUGAGAUGCAGUAAAGCAUAAACUGAGGAAAAAGGAAUACGAUCCCUGGAGAAUGAAGGCAGGCACCAGGACUGGCAGUAGGGCAGGUGCACUGGACCAAGGAGGAGAAUUACAUGUUCAGGCUCUCAGCAUUCCGGGAUCCCUUGCAGAACUGGCUCCGGGACAACCCACGUGCUAUUUUUCCUGACCCUUUCUACCAGURCGUGCUCCGCUGGCUGGACGAGGACUUGCCAGACUUGUCGGUGUCUCGUGAGCGAAGCCGGCUGCAGUGGGGCAUCCCUGUCCCCAGCGACCCCACACAGACCAUCUACGUCUGGGUGGACGCCCUGGUGAACUACCUGAGCGUGGUGGGGUACCCUGAGAGCCACGGGGUAUGGUGGCCGUCCGUGCACCAUGUCGUCGGCAAGGACAUCCUCAAGUUCCACGCGUUGUACUGGCCAGCGCUGCUGCUGGCAGCAGGCUUGGACCCCCCCGAGCGCAUCCUGGUGCACUCCCACUGGACUGUGCGUGGCCAGAAGAUGUCCAAGAGCCUGGGCAAUGUGGUGGACCCCACCGUGUGCAUGGAGCAGUACGGCGUGGAUGGGUUUCGGUACUUCCUUCUGCGGCAGGGCGUCCCGGAGCGGGACUGUGACUACUAUGAUGAGAAGGUGGUGAAGCUGGUGAAUUCGGAGCUGGCAGAUGCACUUGGGGGGCUGCUGAAUCGCUCAACAGCYCCCAGCAUUAACCCCAGCAACACCUACCCGUGCUUCUCAGAACCCUGUUUCCCAAAGGUCCGGGAUUCCAGGGAGGCAAAAGCCACGGGCAGGGUGUCUGCUGAGGACUAUGAGCUUGUGGCAGCAGUGGCCUCGCUGCCUGCACAGGUGRAUGGUUAUUUUGAAGGCUUCCAGAUCUACAAGGCUUUGGAAUGCAUUGCACAGCAUGUUCGGCAGACCAACGGCUUCUUCCAGAGACACCGGCCUUGGAAACUUGACCGAAGGGACMCUGCAGAGCAGCUCUGGCUGGACACCAUCCUCCACGUCACACUGGAGUGCCUGCGUGUGUACGGGCUGCUCCUGCAGCCUGUGGUCCCACACGUGGCAGACAAGCUGCUGUCCCGGCUGGCUGUUGGGCCAGGAGAGAGGGAUCUCUCUGGUCUGAGAUUCCUGGCGCGCUAUGACGGGAAGCCGUGUCCYUUUGAGGGGAGGCAGCUUGGACCUGACACUGGCAUCUUGUUCCACAGGCUGGGGAAGUCAGAAAGURUGAAGAAAAGAAAGCAAGAAGCUCAAGUCCAUGACCAACAGCUUGUGUGAAUAAAAAUCUCCAGGAAUUCCUGGAAAACA